UCGUCUCCAGAACCAAAGAAAAAAGCGAAGAGAAUCAAAGAUGGUAAGAAAAAGCGAAAGAAAACGGGUGCAGCCGUGAAAACUGAAGAACCAGACGAGCAUAGUAAAGAAAAAGAGAACCGGCUACCGCAUAUGACUAGAACCAUCAAGGAGGAACCCUUAAGUCCUGCGGAGAGAUCCGGAAGAGAACGAGAAACGAGAGUGCGAGAAGGUGAUAACGGCAGCCGAGGAGAGGCAGACUCACACAGAACUAGAAAGCAUGAUGAUCGAGAGGAGCAGAGAGCGCAGAAAGUGAAAAGACAUCAUGGUAGUGAUGAGGAAAGAAUGAGAGAACGUGAAAAGAGUGGACGAAAAGAACGAGAAGGACGAGAGAAGGAUAGUGGGAUAGGAAGAGACGAUCGGCGAGAAAGAAGAGACGAUCGGCGAGAAAGUCCUGCAAGAGAACGAUCUGGUAGUCGUGGAAAACCGGAGAAAUAUCGUGACGAUCGCAGAAAACAGGCUGAUGAAGAACGUAAAGAGCGUGAGAAGCUAAGAGAUGACAGAGAAAGAGAAGAAAAUACCGGCAAGCGAUCCGAAAAAGAGAGUAGAGUGCGUGAGAAGAAGAGAGAAGAAGACAACGAAAAAACUAGGCAAGCGGAUAGGAAAAAAGCGAGAGAUGUUGAUGAUGAUGGAGAACGUAGAAGGAGGAGAACCAGAGAUGAUGAAAACCUCAGGUCUGCGGACAAGGAAUCAACCGGAACCGGAAAGGAGCGAAGAAGGGAUCGCCGCGCAAGUCCGGAGCGAGGCAGACGUGCUCGAAGCGGGAGUAUAUCGCCGGAUCGAGCUCGAGACUCAAAAAAAUCAAGACGCGACUAA